AUGCCCGCUGCCCCAGAAAAUAGCCGCCUCGACUGGGGAACCCUCGAAGGGGCCAAAGAACGCCUUCGUCUCGACCUGAACUUGUCCGACCCCAAAAUAUACGAGCCGGUUUUCAGGCGUCUCAAUUCGUUGCUGGAUGCUGAAGUUUGUCCGUAUCCCAAAAACCAGCGACGACGCCUCGCCAAAGAAGUAUUGGAGAAAUUUCUAGAUAUCUAUCACGGUCAUUUUCUCUACAAACUUUCGGACUCUGGACAGAAGACCCGUAUCGCAUCCCUGGAAAACUAUUUCCAAGUGUACCAGAACGCUGAACUGCAUCGCGCCUUGAACGAAGAUGGGUCAAAUGGAUCUAGUUUGAAUGCGGAUUUCGGAAUUGAACUUGAAGUACCGUUACCAGACUCGGAGAAUGAACAACGUCGUUCCGCAUCCAUGGCAUCGACUAUACCCGCCUCCUCCGAGUACGAAGGUCCUUCGACAAACGAGAACAGCGAAGCGGACUCGGGGCUCGGUAUAACCAGAGGGGCCGCUGUGAAAAAGCGUCCGAAUGUUGUCCAAGUUGUCAAUAACGACCUUAUCUCGCUGUUGGACCCCGAGGAUCCUAUCGGCACUUUUCUGAUGCUUGUUUGCCAACCACCAAUGAGCGGACUGUUUUCUGCGUUUAAUCGUUGCGGCAUAAAAACAGCGCAUCAUCUUGUGGGCAUGGCACAGUGGCCCGAAGAACGCGUGAAGGACUUUAUCCAACGUUAUCACAUAAAGCAGACACCAUUCGACGAGAUGGCCAUCUUAUUUGGAUUCCGGGCUUUAAGACGUUGA